UAAGCCGGUAGCUGAGAGGCAGCAGGGUGGGGGGACAGAUGGGACGGACACGGCCCUUUCCCGGGGCUGCCCUGCUGCUGUUACUGGCCUGGGCCUCGCCUGGAGCCGCCGGUGGGAGCGCAGAGACUCUGAGCCCGGAGAGGAGCCUGGUGUGGGGGCCGGGGCUGCACCCUGACAUAGUCCUGCCGGUCCGCUACUUCUACAUACAGGCUGUCACCGCCGGGGGGCGCAACUUCACCCAUUCACCAGGAAAAAGGGCAUUUAGGGUUGUUAUCAAAUCCCUUGCCAAAGAGUUUGUGAGGAUUCAUGUACCGGAUCCCCUAGACCGGAAUGAUGGCUCCUUUCUGGUGAGAUACCGCAUGUACGGCACUGGGAACCAGGGGCUAAUGAUCGAGGUGCUUCAUGGAGACAAGCAUGUUGCCCAGUCCCCUUAUACACUGAAGGGUCCAGUCUAUCAUGAAUAUUGUGACUGCCCAGAAGAAGACCCUCAGGCAUGGCAGGAGACUCUUUCCUGCCCAGAUACAGAAGCUCAGAUUUCUAAAGACUUUGACCCCUUCCCAAGCAUCGACCUCACCAGGAUGCUAGAUGAGGUUCCCAAGAGGUUUGCCGACAGAGGAGCCAUUGUACACUAUACUGUUCUCAAUAACAAUAUCUACCGGCACUCCAUGGGCAGAUACACCGACUUCAAAAUGUUCUCUGAUGAGAUGCUGCAGUCGCUGGCAAGAAAGGUGCGUCUGCCUGAUUUUGAAUUCUAUAUUAAUGUUGGCGAUUGGCCAGUGGAACAUCGCAAGGCCAAUGACACCCCAGGGCCUCUGCCAAUGAUCUCUUGGUGUGGCUCUGCUGAUUCCAGAGACAUCAUCCUCCCAACUUAUGACAUCACUCAUUCAACCCUUGAGACUCUCCGUGGGGUGACCAACGACCUUCUCUCCAUUCAGGGACACACCGGUCCUUCCUGGAGUAACAAAACUGAGCAGGGCUUUUUCCGAGGACGAGACAGCCGCGAGGAGCGUCUUCAACUUGUCCACAUGUCAAGGAAGCACCCGGAGCUCCUAGAUGCUGGAAUAACGGGGUAUUUCUUCUUUAGGGAAUUGGAGGAGGAACUGGGAAAAGCUUCACUUAUCGGCUUCUUUGAUUUCUUUAAUUACAAAUACCAAGUGAAUGUAGAUGGCACAGUGGCAGCCUACAGAUUCCCAUACCUCAUGUUGGGGGACAGCCUUGUGCUGAAGCAGGACUCCCCGUACUACGAGCACUUCUAUAGUGGACUCAAGCCAUGGAAACACUAUGUGCCCUUCAAAAGGAAUCUGGGUGAUUUAUUAGAAAAGAUCCAGUGGGCGAAGGAUCACGAUGAAGAAGCGAAACAGAUUGCCAAGGAAGGACAGACACUUGCCAGAGAACUGCUGCAACCUCACAGGCUGUACUGCUAUUAUUAUAAACUGUUUGAGAACUAUGCCAAGCGGCAAACAAGCAAGCCUGAAAUCCGGGAGAAUAUGGAACAUGUCCCUCAGCCAGAUGACAGUUCUGCUAUGUGCCAGUGCCACAGGAAGAAAAGGAGCAAGGAGGAACUCUAGUAACUCUACAGAAUGUGCCUAGCAACCAGCGGAUUGGAAGGAGGAGCUUAAGGUACCCCAGGGCUCAGUCUGUUUGCUCCUGUACAACUGAUAGGUACUUUCAGGACCAAACGCUACUACUACAGACACAACCAUGUUUGGCUGCAUUUGCACUGAGAUGAUAAUGACAAUUUAAUUUGGUCCUAACUGGAAAAAAACAUGUUUGUCCCACAGAUUUUAAAACAAUUUUUUUCAGAAAGUGCCAUUUCAUACAGAGUUUUUAUAGCUUAUUGUUACAUUACAGCCAGUACGUCAGCCCAGGGCGAGAAGCCUGCUUUAGCACCAAACAUGGUUCCAUCCCAUCUAUAUGGAAAGCCUUAGCCACUGGCUGGGGAAAAACAAAGCAUUAAUGUAUAUAUUUUAACUUUGUACUGUAAAAUUGAUUUAUAAUAAAGGAAACUUUGAUAUAUGA